AUGAAGACAAUUUUCAUACUCUGCGCCUUACUUCCACUUAUGCGAGGGGUUGAGCUGGAAGACGCCUUGGAAGGGUUAAAGAUCGCUAAGCGUGAGCUUCCACGUCUGGAAGGCGCCUUGGAAGGGCUAAAGAUUGCUAAGCGUGAACUUCCACGUGUAAUGAAUAACGUGCUUUGGCGUUCACCUGUCUCAGAAUUAGAAAAGGGAGAG